AACCUUAAAACGAAAGAAAAACAGUGGAGAUUCACGUCUUCCGCCACCCGGUCGCGGCCAUUCACGGCCUCCGUUGUCGGUGCUCGGACCUCGGACCCUCCUCGCCUGAGAGAGCCGUCCCUUCCUUCCCGGAAUCCGGCCUCCUCCGGCCCGGUGCGUCGAAUUGCGCCGGUGCGGGCGGGUCUCGCGAGGCUGCCGAUUCGGCGAUCCCAACCCCAGCACUAACCACCGGGGCGCUUCGUCGGUGCCGUCGGGUUCGGGCUGCGGGCGGCGGCGAUGUUUUGGAAGGAUAGCAGCAGCCGGAGCAGCAGCGCCAGCGGCCGUGAUCAGAAUGGCGUGGGGCCCUUCGGCCAAGUGCGCGUCCUCGUCGUCGGUGAUUCAGGUGUUGGGAAAUCUUCACUGGUGCAUCUGAUUUUAAAUGGUUCUGCUGUUGCUCGACCAGCACAAACAGUAGGGUGCGCAGUGGGUGUUAAACAUAUUACUUAUGGAAGUGCAGGCGGUUCAUCCAAUAACGUCAGUGAUGCUGAAAGAAACUUCUUUGUUGAGCUUUGGGACGUCUCAGGACAUGACCGGUACAAAGCAUGUCGGUCGAUUUUCUAUACACAAAUCAACGGGGUCAUAUUUGUUUAUGACCUCUCCCAGAGGAAGUCCAAGACAAACUUGAGUGAAUGGGCUGUUGAAGUUGCUGAAACGGGCACCUUCUUAGCUCCACUCGGAUCUGGUGGACCGGGAGGACUUCCAGUGCCUUAUCUGGUAAUCGCUAAUAAAGUGGAUAUUGUGCCAAGGGAUGGUACAAGAGCAAGCAGCGGAAAUCUGGUUGAUCUUGCUCGCCAAUGGGCUGAGAAGCAGGGCCUUCUUCGAUGUAGUGAAGAACUCCCUCUCACAGAGAGCUUUCCUGGGAACUCCGGUCUCCUGUCGGCUGCCAAACAAGCAAGAUAUGACAAAGAAGCUCUGAUCAAGUUUUUCCGCAUGUUGAUCAGGAGAAGAUACUUUUCAAAUGAGCCUCCUGCCCCAAGUCCCUGGUCUCUUACUCCAAGAGAAGAUACCAUCCUUCCUGUAGAGACUCUUGGAGGUGGCACGGAUAGCUUCCAAAGGAAAAGCCUUAGUGGUGAGGGCUUUAUGUACAAUGGUGUAGUCCCACUACCAGCUCAGAGGAACCUCACUCCGCCACCGACUCUGAAUCCGCAGCAGCCUGUGACGUCCUUGGAUAACUAAAGAUAUCACCGAUUCUCCUCCUCGUCUCUUCCGGACGUGAGCAGCGGUAGAACAAGCCGAGAAGAUAUGAACGUAUGAUACAGCCUGGGGAGCUCAUAUUCCGUUAUACCUUCAAAAUGUGGUAAGCAUAUGGUGCCUAGGAAUUGAGUUCCUAUCGGCAUCUUGAGCCGCUUAAUGCCUUGCUUGCAGCAUUUGAAUGCUGCCAAGGCGAGCUCUUGUUUUGUUUUAACUGUCCUGUCAUUAUCUGAUCACAAGGCGAUUCCUUCUCUCCUUUUUCCUUCUUUACCCCUCUUCCAUCUGUAUUCAUUCAGAAGAAAUGUAACUGUUACGAGGACAAUACAAUGUGCCAAUCUCAUAUACUAAAGCAAUAGAAGAAUUCUUUCCUUUUUGGGUCA